AUGGCGCCCACCACCAGCAAUGCUGCAAAGGCGCUCCAGCAGAACCGUCAAAGGCCUGCUGCUGGGCCAAGGCAGAUCGUACCGGCUAUCCCAUUGUCCUUCGUCCAGAAGCGUCAAAAGUCACAAUCUGCAAAGCCAAAGGAGGAAAUUGCUGUUCCGCCGCCUCCACCUCCGCCUGUGGUUGACGAGCCUUCACCGUCUCCUACAAUUCAACCUGAAAUGGCUGUAGUAAACGGGUCGACAAGAGAUCAAUCGGAAAUUCUGGAGGAGGGUACAAACGACUCCGCUUCAGUCUCUGCGACAGAGGAAGCAGCGACCGAGAGUACUGUGGCGCAAACAGAGGCUUCAGUUCACGAGUCACUAGACGAACCACAGGAAGCUUCGAAAUCUUCAGAGACGACGUCUUCGGAGCUGAGAUCACCCUACCACAUGCCUGCGCCAUUCGUCCCUGCGAAGUCAGACCUCGUUUCUACGAUGAGCUCCGAGAGAGUCCAAUUCCCGCCCCAAGCCAACUUCAACGGCCAGUCUCCUAUGCAUCACGCCCACCCCAUCGCCGGAAGUGUUAUGUUUGGCGGCUACUCCGACUCGAACACAUCGUCUCCCGCACCUCAGUCAGCUGGCAAUGUUCCUCCCUACCCGUAUCCGAACCAACAACAGCCCAGGGUUGCAGGACGUCAUGGCGCACAUCAGUCGAAUGGAGGCCAUUCUCACCACUUGUCCAACGGGUUUUCCCCCAUGAACCCGCCUCCGGGAUACUACACGCAUCCAGAAGGCAACAUGAACCCAGCUGCAGAUAGUUAUGCCCGUCGGCAGAUGGUCUCAUUUGCGGCCCCUGACGGAUAUUCCCCAUCUAGCACUCCUUCAGGUAUGGAGGGACAACGAUUCAACAACCACGAAUUUCCUUCCACACCCCACAGUUUCCAUGGCUCGCAAUCUUCGGCUCCCAGUGAACAAGAUAACGGUCCGGCUUUCUAUGGUCAAUACCCAACUGCUGUCAUCUCAAAUGGCAGCAAUGGUCACAUUGACGAUGUCCGUCUCUACCAUUCGUCGCGCUCAAAACACCAGGGUUCCUAUCAGAACAACCCAAAUCACUUUCCGUCGCAUCUACCUGCUCAACCACCAAUGCCGAUUGACAACCUCGACGGGCUGGUCAACUAUGUGCAAAGCCAAUUCAACAUCUCUGAAUUCGCCGACUACACAGUGGAGUUGCGCUACGCGGAUGACCGAGUCCGUCCUGAUUAUGUUCCUGGCCACGGUCUUAUGUUUGCGCGGAGCCCAACCCUCAAGACUCUCAUGACAGCUCUAGCCAGGGAGAAUCACGGCGGCCGAACCCUCCUUAUUGAGUCGGACGAUCGUUUUGUGCGAUCUGACGCCUUCUGGAUGGCUUUACAUCGUUUGUAUGGCGGUCCACUUCUGGACUUCGACACCCUUGGUUCUAUAAAUACAAACACCCAAUUGCCCAUUCCAGUACCAGGUACGCCUGUUGAUCGUUUCGAUCUCGCUCUCGGGUACGCCGCUGCAGGAAGUAUUCUUCAGAUCCCGCCGGUUAUUACUCGCGGAGUCGAAAUUGCAUGCAAUUUUGUGCAGUGGGUCACAAUCGAAAAGGCUCUUGAUUUUGCUCUUGAUGGUGGCCUUGAUGCCCAGUGGAUCCUAGAGAGUUCUUAUCAGCAACCCGAGACUCCAAGUACUUAUGGCCCAGCAGCCAACAUGCUCAUCCGAUAUGUAUUGGAGUUUAUCAUCACAGGCUUCCCUCCCAACUUUGAACUCAAUGACACUGUCGAUGAAAAUAGUCGCAAUCGUCGACUUCCCGCUAUUCCAGAGGGGCGUCCCAAUGCACAAAAUGCUCGUCUCAGCCGUAUCAAAUUUGGCGACCACCCGACUGGAGAGAGCACUAUGUAUACGAAUGCCAACUCCGUGAUAACCACCCUGUCCAAAGUCUUACUCGGCCUGCCAUUCCAUUUACUGAAAUACGUUCUGGAGUCACCACGACUUGGCAACGUUGACCUGUGGGCCAUUGCUACCCUCAGGCAAAAGGUCAUGGACAGCGUCAUCCAGGAGAGGGAGAACCGUCGAGUGAAGGUCUACAACAGCUCACAGGUAUCCAAUGCAGACCGUCAGAAGGACUAUGCUGUAUGGCAGGCGGUUGGCUGGCAAGAAUAUGUCGAAGUACAGGGUGGAAAGGAUGGAAUUCCUAUCCUCGCUCGCAAGUGGGUUGAUUACGUGCUCCCUGCCCACCAAGAUUAA